AGUUCCGGCCAGUUAUCGCUGGGAGUGGGUGGGGCCAGGUUGAGGCAUUGGUUGUAAUCUGAGGAGAAGUCGCCUUAUUGUAGUUCAGGACGCAUCGUUGGUUCGGACGCCUAACAGGAAGAAGAAAUGAACAGAAUACGGAUACAUGUUCUGCCCUCGAGUCGUAACCGGGUGACUCAGGCGGCCCGACCCCAGGAACCCCAGGCCUGCGCCUUCACCCAGCGACCGUGUAUCCAGCCUCGUCAGGAGGGCUUCGAGUUCUGUAUCAAACACAUUUUGGAAGACAAAAACGCACCGUACAAACAGUGUAGCUACGCCUCUGCCAAGAACGGCAAGCGCUGUCCCAACGCUGCUCCAAAGGCCGAGAGGAAAGAUGGGGUGACGUUCUGUGCCGAGCACGCUCGUAGGAAUGCGAUGGCUCUACGAGCUCAGAUGAGGAAGGCUUCUUCAGGUCCAUCUCCAGAGGCUUUGUUGUCCCAGCUCAGCUGCUUCAACCGAUCGGAGAGUCUAGACGGAGGACGCUCCGAGGCCAGCCGCAUUCCGGAUGAAGAAAGUCUAAGUGAAGAGGAGCAGGGCCCCCUGGUGUUGGACCAGACCUGGAGAGGAGAUCCCGACAGCGAGGCUGAUAGUGUUGACAGCGAUCAUGAAGAUCCUCUGAAACAUGCGGGAGUUUACACAGCAGAGGAAGUGGCACUGAUCACUCGAGAAAAGCUCAUCAGGCUGCAGUCCCUUUAUAUUGACCAGUUUAAGCGCCUGCAGCAUCUGCUUAAGGAGAAAAAGCGCAGAUAUCUGCAAAAUCGUAAACUGGAGCAUGAAACUUUGGGAAGUAGUCUAAUAACUGGGCCUGAAGGUCUUUCUAUGAAGGAGAGGGAGAACCUGAAGAAGCUCAAGGCUUUGCGCCGAUACCGUCGCCGAUAUGGUGUAGAAGCACUGCUGCAUCGACAGCUUAGAGAGAGGAGGCAGGCUGUGACAGAAGGAGCCUCUCAGCUCCACAUGAGAACGGUGAGUGAAAUAUGUAUGGCCUUUGUUGAUGGAGUCAGAUGUACCAGUCCCUGCCUCCCGAUGGCCAGACACUGUCUCUCACACAUCUGCCAGGACGGCAAUCAGGUGCUUUUUAAAAUCUGCCCGGGGCUGAAAGACGCUCCCUGCAACCGUACCGUCCACAUGGGUCAGUCCGAUGAUCCUCGCUGCCCGCUCCACCUCACUCUGCCGCCACCCAUGUACCAGCCAGAGCAGGAACCUCCACCACAGGAGCACUUCACCCCUGUCAGCAAAGAUAUGUACCUGAGCGCAGCAGAGCUUCAGCCCACGGAGAGCCUCCCCCUGGAGUUCAGUGAUGACCUGGAUGUGGAAGGGGAUGGUAUGCAGGGUCCUCCCUCCCCCCUGCAGUUUGACACAGCCCUCGCCCUGGAAGACCAGACUAUCAGAGCCAUUGCUGAGGCCCCAAUGGACAUCUUAACAGGAGAGGACCCAGAUCAGGUGGACCUGGACACGUCAGGACAGGAGCUUUCAGAGAGAGAUGUGGAUGCCAUCAUGGAUGAUCAGGUGGUGUCAGACGUAGGUGGAGGAGAAGAUGACAGCUUGGUCCAAGAUUUGGACCUGGCAGCAGCCAACGUUCCUCGAUAAACCGGCUCCACAAAGAACUUGAAGCAUUUUUUUGAAUGAGUUUUGGUUCCAGCUAAGGUGGCCGUGUGAAUCUGUCAUUUCCUAAUCUACUGAAAUACAUGAUGGUACUCAAGUGUUUGUGUGCUGAAAUAAAAGAUGACCCCAGAACAAGGA